AUGGCCCGAGCGUCGAGCCGAAUAGGCCUGCGUGGGCUGACCCGUACCCUCGCCUCGAUCAAUCCUGCCUCUGUGAGAGCUUCGAGCUCGUCCUCUCAUUAUGGGCCACAGAAUGAGCGUACCGGCCCCAAAUUCAACUUGCUUACGUUGGCCGGGAUCUCCGUGCUAAGCUUCGGUGCCGGCGUGCUCUUCAUCCGUCAUGGAGGCGGCAACCACGCCACCGCGCUGUCUUCGUCCCAUUCUCAAUACGGCGGCCCAGAUGAUAUAAGAGCCGCACUGAAUGCGUUGCAGCAUGCCUUCGCCGAUCGACCAGGGGUUGUUUCUACAGACGAAUCCGACGGCGAUACCCAUGCGAGGUGGUUCACUGGCCGUAAGACGGUGAUUCCUCAUAACGUUGUCGUAUAUCCCGAAACAACGCAGGAUGUAGUAAAAGUCGUCGAGCUUGCCAAGAAGUACCGCAUACCGGUCGUGCCCUACUCUGGUGGAACGAGUCUGGAGGGACACAUCGCCGGUACUGAACACGGAAGCAUAUGCGUCGACCUCUCGCGGAUGGACAGGAUCUUGGAGAUCCAUGAGGCCGACGCGGAUGUCGUAGUGCAGCCCGGCGUUGGCUGGAUGGUGCUCAACGAAGAGCUACGAGACAGAGGGAUACCACUCUUCUUCCCGCUUGACCCUGCGCCUAGUGCCACGCUCGGUGGCAUGUUCAGCACCGGCUGUUCCGGAACAAAUGCCGUCCGAUACGGGACCGCGCGCGGAGAAUGGUUCCUGAACGCUACGAUAGUCCUUCCAUCAGGAGAAGUCAUAAAGACAAGGCGACGCUUCCGCAAGUCGUCAGCUGGUUGGGACGUCACCAAGCUAUUCAUUGGUGCUGAGGGGACCUUGGGAAUCGUCACCGAGUUGACCAUCCGUCUUGCGCCAGUAUUGCCAACGGCCGUUGCCAUCGUCAGCUUCCCGAACGUCCGCAAAGCAAGUGAUGCAGUCGUGGAGCUGUUGAAUCGCGGUGCCGGACUACAAUGCAUUGAGCUUCUCGACAAACACCAGAUGCGCGCGUUCAACGCCCAUCUUGACUCUCCAAGAAAGUACGCCGAAGUGGACCACCUCUUUCUCAAGCUACAAGGCGCAACGAUAAAUGCCAUGACCGAGUCUGAAGCUCUUGCACGCGAGAUCACGUCCAAGCAUGGUGGCGAAAACUGGAUGUUCGCGGAGGGCGAGGAGGCGCAUAGUAUGUGGAACGACCGGAAGAACGCAGCAUUCGCCAGUGUACUGUAUGGUGGACCUGGCUCGAAGACCAUCCCAACAGACGUCUGUGUCCCUGUAUCGAAGCUUCCCCAACUUGUUGAAGAUUUUCGGAAGGACAUAAACGAAGCGGGUAUCAUCGGCACGAUUGUGGGACACGCUGGCGACGGCAACUUCCACGCGACGCUCAGCUACAGCGACGCUGAGCAGGAGAAGGCUGCGCAUGCCAUCAUGCGUAAGAUGGUGAAGCGAGCGCUUGAUCUGGACGGCACAUGCACUGGUGAGCAUGGAGUCGGUAUAAGCAAGCGAGAGUAUCUGAACGACGAACUUGGUCCUGGGACGGUGCGGCUCAUGAAGACCAUCAAGAGGGCAGUAGACCCUCUCGGUCUAUUCAACCCUGGGAAGCUAUAUCCGGACGACUAG